AAUAAACACCGCGGUGGCAAUUAAAUGGUAAGUUGUUUUAGUCCUUCGAUUGAAAAUGGUGCUGUCGCUUGAUCGGUGGGUUGGAAAAGUAGCCGUAGUUACUGGUGCCAGUGCAGGAAUAGGAGCAGCAACAUGUGAACUCUUGGUUAAAGAAGGGAUUAAGGUGGUUGGCUUGGCUCGACGAAAGAAUCGACUAGAUGUUCUUGCAGAAAAACUUAAAGGUCUCAAAGGCAGUUUUCAUGGUAUCCAAACUGAUCUGACGAAGGAAGAGGAAAUUUUAGCAGCCUUUAAAGAAAUAAAAGAAACUUUUGGACCUGUGCACAUUAUUAUCAAUAAUGCUGGUAUUUGUAAUAAUUCUACACUUUGUUAUGGAAAGACUGAAUUGUGGAAAGAAAUGCUGGAUAUUAAUAUAUUAGGUCUCUUAAUAGCAACAAGGGAGGCUGUUCAAAGUAUGCUUGAAAAUAACAUCGAGGGUCACGUUAUCCAUAUUAACAGUGUUCUGGGACACAAAGUACCCGAUAUGGUACCACUCAAUAUAUAUCCAUCCACAAAGUUCGCAGUUACAGCUUUAACUGAUUCGUUAAAGUUUGAAUUGAACUACAGAAACUCUAAAAUUAAAGUAACUAGUAUUAGUCCUGGAGCUACCGACAGCGAAUUUUUCAUCCGCAGUCAAAUACCUUUAGACCAUGACCAGGUCACAGCGUCAGUGGGAGAAGAACUACUCAAGCCGGAAGAUGUGGCAGAUGCGAUUCAUUAUGCGUUAUCGACUCCUUCACACGUUCAGGUUCAAGAGGUCACAAUAAAACAUGUUACUGAGAAAAUUUGAUAUAAAAAUACCAACUACCAGAACAAUACAUCUUGGAAAGGCAUUGUUGAGAAAAAAAUGAUGGAUUUUAUUUUUUAAUUGUCAUAAAAAUAAACGAUUUUUUAUACGUAGUUUGUAAUUUGCCGCGAUGCUUUAAUAAAUAUUUUAAUUGGUGUGUUUU